AAGAGAAUCAUGAAGCAUUGUGUGCUAUCUUUGGUCUUGCUUGUUGGAGUGCAGGAUCUGGAUACAAUAAAGUUUAUGGUGGAUAUGGAGGAGAUGUUGGAUAUGGAUACAACAAGGGUUAUGGAUACAACAAAAAGGCUUAUAGAAAGAGGCGUGAUACUUCCAGUGUGAAUAUAAGUGGCUAUACUGCUUAUCCAAUGAUUUACAGACAACCAUACGGAUCAAAGGGUUUUGGUGGAUUUGGUGGCAGCAAUGGAAGAUAUGUUCCAAGCGUCUCUACAAGUCCGUAUGAGCAGAUAUACAAUGAAUACUCCUAUGGCAAGGGAGCUAGGCCAUUUGGUCCUGUUCCUGUACAAGCUUCUCAAUCCUCUGCCUCAUAUGGCCCUGUCUCUUAUGGCCCUGCCUCUUAUGGCCCUGCCUCUUAUGGCCCUGCCUCCUAUGGCCCUGUUACCAAUGCACCCAUCUCCUAUGCCCCUUCUCCCUAUGAUCCUGCACCCUAUGCUCCCAUCUAUGAACCUGCCUAUGAUCCAGCUCCAUAUGCCCCUGUUACUUAUGAUCCAGCUCCCAUUGCCCCUGUCCCUGUAUCCUAUAAUCCAGCUCCCUAUGCCCAUGCUUCCUAUAAUCCAGUUUAUUAUCUCCCCUCAGCUCCACUCCAUUACACUCCUAUGCUCUAUGGACAAGCUUCUUAUUAACACUUGGAUCCUCUACCAGCUAGCAUUGAUACAUUUAGAUCUUUUAAAUCUUGUAUUUUAUGAUUUUUAUUAAUUUAUGUAAAAUAAAUUUUACAACUUAUA